CCCUGGAGGAUAGUAGAUGAUUGUGGUGGUGCGUUCACCAUGGGGACAAUUGGCGGAGGGGUAUUCCAGUCAAUCAAGGGCUUUCGGAAUGCUCCUGUGGUGAGUUUGAAAUACUUUCUCUGAGCUUAUCAAAUAUAUUUUAAGAUCAAUAUCAGAACAGUGAUUCCAUUUUUUCCAUCUCUGCACAGGGCUUUCAGCACAGACUAAAAGGUAGUGCCAAUGCUGUGAGAAUAAGAGCUCCACAGAUCGGCGGUAAGGGUCACUGUCUCUACAGUAGUUCUCUCUCGUACAGCACAAAGUACAAACCCCAUCAUCACUAUUUGUUUAUUUCUCACUAACAGUGUGUGUGACGUUCCUGCAGGUAGCUUUGCUGUGUGGGGUGGACUCUUCUCAACGAUAGACUGUGGUCUGGUCCGUAUUCGAGGGAAAGAGGACCCCUGGAACUCUAUAACUAGUGGGGCGAUGACUGGGGCUGUUCUGGCUGCACGCAGUGAGUGUUGAGGCAAACAUUUAUUUGACAAUAAUUUAAAUCUAGAUGUAGCAGAUUUGGAAUAUUUCAUAUUUUUUCUAGACCCUCUAAUCUGAGUACAUCCCCACCCCCUGCCUGACCAUUUUGCCCCACCGACUCAACAAAGUCAGAUUACCUCAAGGGCUUGACUGUUGGCUUUGUGCUCUUCUCAGGUGGGCCCUUGGCUAUGAUGGGGUCAGCCAUGAUGGGGGGCAUCCUGCUGGCCCUGAUCGAGGGCUUUGGGAUCCUUCUCACCAGAUACACAGCACAGCAGUUUCAGAACCGUAAGUAAUUUUUGGAGACAGCCUCUAGCUAUAGAAUGAAAAACAUCUGAAAACCACCACACAGCAGUAACUAGUAGACAUGACAAAUCAGUUUCUUAUGUCUCUUUCUCCUAUUCAGCGAGUCCCUUUGUGGAUGACCCCAGCCAGCUUCCUCCUAAGGAUGCCAGCCAACAGCAGACUGGGUUCCAGUAG